AUGCCUCCAUCCCCUCCUACCGCCGUUUCAUAUCGCCCAGCGUCCCUAGCGCCACUGGCGCCGCUGACGCCGGCGCUGGUACCGUCGUCGCUGGCGUCGCCAGCCGCUCACGGCGUGCCCCUUCCGCUGCCCCGGUACCACCGCCUCCACAAGCUCGUCAAGCGCACUCUUACCCGGCUAGUAUCGCUCGAACACGGCCCUGGUAAAAGCGCCAUGGGCGCCGCCGGCGCCGCGGCGUCGCUGGACGACAUCUUUGAACGCCUGUGCACCCUGCCCGUGGUGAUAAACCCCGAAACCCCCGCCCACUACCUGACGGAGAACUACAUCCCUCCCAUCCUCGACACCACCGCCGAAUUGAUCACCGACCCCAAAGUCGACUACAAUCUGAUCCAGCUUAACUGCUGUGGCGACGACGGCGACGCCGGCGCGGCGCUGGGCGACGAGCUGGCGCCCGAUGACGGCACCGAGCUCUUCACGCCGCGGUCGCGGCUGCGCUCAAUCAUCUCGACGUCGCUCAUGAGCUGCUUAGACCCGCUGCAUCAGCCGCCGAAACUUAAACGGGUGCUGAGACUGUCACUGCGCCGCGACGACGGCGCCUGGGCACUGCCGCCGGCACUGUCGCCGGCGCUGCCCUUCCACAAACCGCAGGCACUGCCGACGAUUAGCGCUGUCGACCGCGACGACCCUCUCAGCCACCUGAUCGACUUCUACUCGUUUGCCGAUAUGUGCCGCACUGAGGGCAAAGAGCGCAAGGGGCUGGUGUUCACCAUCCUGGCUCAAGACCACACCAACGAGCUCUUACGGGAAAAGAAGUAA